GAUUUUCGCUACUAAAUGUGUUCUUGUCCUAGAGAGAGAAACUAGAGAGAGAAUAUUAGGGUUUUUUUUUUCUCUUUUUCAACCUUUUCUGGUUCUGGGCAUGCAUUGAGUUCAUGAAAACAUGGUUCGAUUGAGCAAUAAUCUGCUUUCAAGACUUGUCCUUUUGCAUCUCUGGGUUGCUCUUUUCUGCAACAAUGGUAGAUCUGUUUGUGGUUUGAAUUACACAAGAUACAGACAAGUAGGGGACUUGAGGCUUGCAAGAAUUCAGAAGCAUUUGGAUAAUCUCAAUAAGCCAUCUGUUUUCUCCAUUCAGAGUCCAGAUGGAGAUAUCAUUGAUUGUAUUCAUAAAAGAAAGCAAGCAGCUUUAGAUCACCCUCUUCUCAAGAACCAUAAGAUCCAGAGAGUACCACCGGAAAUGCCAAAGGCGAGGUCGAUUUCGACACAAGAUGAUGAGGAAGAUGGUGGUGGCAAAUCUGCAAAUGUUAGUCAAAGUGAAGGGUACAUACGAAGAGGCGCGUGGCAAAUGUGGCAUCAAAACGGUGAACGAUGUCCCAAAGGGACAGUUCCGGUACGUCGAAGCACGGUGCACGACGUUUUACGAGCCAAUUCCUUAUACGACUUUGGCAAAAAACGUCGUGGUAAAAUAGUACCCGUUGCUCGACGUGUUGAUGCACCUGAUGUCGUCAGUGGCAAUGGCCAUGAGCAUGCGAUAGCGUACACGGGAUCAUCGAAUGAGAUAUACGGGGCAAAAGCGACAAUAAACGUGUGGGACCCAAAGAUAGAAGUGAUAAAUGAAUUCAGUCUUUCCCAGAUUUGGGUUCUUUCCGGGUCUUUCGACGGCUCCGAUCUCAAUAGCAUCGAAGCUGGCUGGCAGGUCAGUCCGGAGCUUUAUGGUGACAGUCGACCCCGAUUAUUCACUUACUGGACGAGUGAUGCAUAUCAAGCAACAGGGUGUUACAACCUGUUAUGUUCAGGGUUUGUACAGACAAAUAGCCGAAUAGCCAUAGGAGCUGCCAUUUCUCCAUUAUCUGCAUUCGCAGGAAGUCAGUUCGAUGUCACCAUAGUCAUUUGGAAGGAUCCAAAGCUCGGGAACUGGUGGAUGGGAUUCGGAGACAAUACCCUAGUGGGGUAUUGGCCGGCAGAGCUAUUUACACACUUAGCUGACAAAGCGACAAUGGUGGAAUGGGGAGGCGAGGUUGUGAAUUCUCGAGCUAAUGGUGAACACACGUCUACAGAAAUGGGGUCGGGGCAUUUUGCGGAAGAUGGAUUCGGAAAAGCAAGCUAUUUUCGUAACCUAGAGAUCGUGGACUCAGACAACAGCUUGAUCUCCGCCCACGACAUAUCGACUUUGGCCGAAAACACCAAUUGUUAUAAUAUCAAGAGCUCUAGCAAUAACCAAUGGGGCACUUACUUUUACUACGGUGGGCCCGGGAAAAAUGCACAGUGCCAUUGACAAUGACUGUGACAAUAUCUUUUCCUUUUACUUAUAUUAAUUUUCAUUUUCUAAAAAAUAUUUUUGAGAAAAAAAUAUUAAAAUUUCAUUGGUCUAAAGAGCAAGUUAUAUCCUCUUAUCAAUCAUUUGAAUAUAUUUCUAAUGAAAAUUCACAUUAAUCUACAAAUCACUAAUCGACAAGAAAAAUCUAAAAUUCAACUGAUACCAUAUUUUAAAGAAAAAAAUAUUGAAAAGACUGAUGAAAGGAUAUAACGUUACUCUUAUUUAAAAUCUGAAUGUGAAAAUGCAUCUGAUAUUUCCACUCUUGUUUGUAUUGAUUCCAGUAUUUUUGUUGGUUCUUUCUAAAAAUUGCGAAAGAAUUUGUAUGUAAUAAAUAAGAUAUGAUAGCAACAAACUU